AGAGAUCGGUCAGUGAUGUCAGUCCUUUUGGAACUCAGCUAGCGAUCUCUGGUUUACCGGGGUGUAUUUAUAUUUAUAUAUAUGUUUGUAUAUAUUUUUCUACCUUUUUAUCAUUACUGAAGUGACUGGAAGGAUAACUAAUCCCAGUGAAAAUUAGUGCCGAUGUCUCUCAUACACGUAUCUCGGGUGUUAUUGAGAUGUCAGCAACACACCAAACCCGGCCGAUUGAAACUUUGGCAGAUGGACACAAUUAAGACCAACAAAAACAUUUAUUUUGGAUGCUUGCGAUAUUCCUCCAACGACUCCUCAAAGCAUGUCAGCAUCGGUGAUAUCAAGAAGGUGCUUAAACAACCACAGAAUCCAGAAUUAGUACCGGUUAAAUACAUCUGUUCAAACCCAUCACAAGCUGUUCUCCGGCAUCUAAGAUGGAUAAUGCAAAAGGAUCUACUGGAGCAAGAUGUAUUUUUGAUUGGCUCCCCUGGUCCUAUCCGAAGACAACUGGCCAUGAUGUAUUUGGAGCUGACAAAACGUGAAGUAGAAUAUGUAUCUUUGUCCAGAGAUACUUCAGAAUCUGAUCUCAAGCAACGACGUGAAAUUCUUGCAGGAAAUGCAUUCUAUGUCGAUCAGUGUGCUGUGAAUGCUGCUGUAAAAGGUCGAGUUUUGGUUCUUGAGGGCAUUGAAAAAGCUGAAAGAAAUGUCCUUCCUGUGCUGAACAAUCUUUUGGAGAAUCGAGAAAUGCAACUUGAAGAUGGUCGCUUCUUGGUAGCAGCAUCACGCUAUGACCAGUUGUUGAAAGAUUAUUCUAAAGAGGAACUAGACAAACAGAACCUAGUUCGGGUCCAUGAAGAUUUCAGAGUGAUUGCUCUUGGUCUUCCUGUUCCUCGGUACAAAGGCAAUCCACUUGAUCCACCCUUGCGGUCUCGGUUCCAAGCUCGAGGAAUUUCUGCAUUACCAUUUAAGGAACAUUUAGAAAUGCUGCAGGAAAUUGGACCAAAGAUCUCAUCAAAUAAACUAUCUCUGAUGUUGUCCUUUGGCACCACACUCCUUACUGAGGAAUCAGUUUCUCUUGGUUUACCUGACUUUCCCAUUGAUAAUCUUUCAGCUAUGAUAGCUGUUCUAAAUAGUCAUCCACACCUAUCACUAACAGACGUGAUUUAUCGUAUCUAUCCUUAUAAUAUGUUUCUCAAUAAGGAAGGGAUUGCUGCUGUGGAAGGGACCAUGAAGAAAUUUGAUUUGGUAGAUCACCGAAGUAGGGAAGCUAUGGAUGUCUCUAAUGUCGAUAAAUCUGGUAUGUACGCUACCGUUCACAUGAAGUCCGGAUCAGACACAUCUCAUUGUAAGGUACCUGCUGGUCUUAAUGAUUUCAGUACAUCAGGAACUGAAAGGUUUGUCAAGAACACAUAUCAUAAUGGAAUGUUAGCUGAGAUGUUACAGUCCCAUCAAGUCCGGGAUUUCUGCUUGAUUGGACCAAAGGGCUGUGGUAAAAGUGUUUUGGUUGAAAGCUUUGCAAAUUACCUUGGAUAUCACAUUGAACCAGUUCACCUGCACCAGGACAUGACCUCUAGGGAUUUGUUACAGCAGAGGUCAACUCGUCCAAAUGGAGACACAUUCUGGGUGUCAUCCCCGCUGGUCAAUGCUGCCCUUCAAGGUAACUUAGCUGUCCUUGAUGGUGUCCACCGUAUCAACCCUGGUUCAUUUUCAGUCAUACAAAGAUUGAUCCAUGAUCGGGAAUUGCAGCUUUAUGACGGUACCAGACUCUUACAUGCUGAUCGAUAUAACCAAAUUAAAGAAUCCACUGGCAAAACUGAUACAGAAUUGAGUGAAAGUGGGAUUUUACCAAUUCACCCAUCUUUCCGGAUCAUUGCACUUGCUGAGCCACCAGUAAUUGGUAGCACCAAACAGCAGUGGCUGUCUCCAGAGCUUUUGUCUAUGUUCCUUUUUCACCGCAUCCGACCAAUGGCACUCAUUGAAGAAGAGUUGGUCCUCAAGACACUGGUACCAAACUGUCCAGAUAUGACCGUCCUCUUGAAGUUUGUUCAUAAUAUGAGAGCUUCCACUGAUCCUGCUGUAAGUCUUUUUCUCAUUGAUUCAACGUUGAGCCACUCUUGGGUAUUUGCUUUGCAAUUUUUUCUUAUGAUGUCAAGAGGAAAAAGCAGAAUUCAUGACCGACCUUUGCUGACCUUUCGAUACUAUGAUUUAGUUGAUCAAAUUUAUCCCCAAGACUUGACUGGUACUUUAAAAGGACGAAAGGCUAAACUGACCUUGGAGAGAUUUGAAGAAAGACUGUUCCUACCUCGAAUGGUACGAUUGUCUUUAGAGCAGGCACUUCAAGAUGCUGGUUUAGAGACAUCAACUAACAUGAAGUUUACCAACCUUGAAGAAGCCACAACAUGUGAGGUGAAAGAUGGAUUGGUAAGGAUUCGAAAUACAAAACUUCCAGUCUGUAAGCCAGAUAACAUCACUAAAGUCCCAAACAUAUUGUUUUAUGAAAAUAAUCAGCAUCUGAUUGUUAUGGAGGAUAUGCUCAAAGAUUAUUCCUUAGGAGAGCAUUUACUGUUGGUAGGGAACCAAGGAGUGGGCAAGAAUAAGAUUGUUGAUAGAUUCCUACAGCUUUUAAAUCAACCCAGAGAAUACAUCCAACUCCAUCGUGAUACCACAGUGCAGACAUUAACAUUGCAACCAACUGUACUGAAUGGUGUCAUCAUGUAUGAAGAUUCACCUCUGGUGCGUGCUGUGAAAGAAGGUCAUGUUUUGGUUAUAGAUGAGGCAGACAAGGCACCAACCCAUGUCACGUGUAUUUUGAAGACACUUGUGGAAUCUGGAGAGAUGCAUAUGGCUGAUGGCCGCAAAAUAGUCGCUGCCAAUUCUCGAGUGCCGCCUUCUGAGAAAACCAUUGUGACACACCCUAAUUUUCGUAUGAUUGUCUUGGCUAAUCGACCCGGCUUCCCAUUCCUUGGGAAUGAUUUCUUUGGUGCAGUAGGAGACAUCUUCAGCUGUCAUGGAAUAGAUAAUCCAGACAUGGACUCUGAGAUUGCCAUGCUCCAACAGUAUGGACCAGAUGUUUCCAAUAACAUUCUCAGGAAGCUGGUUCUGGCAUUUGGUGAACUAAGAAAUUUAGCAGAUCAAGGGCUGAUCAACUACCCUUAUUCUACCCGUGAAGUUGUCAAUAUGAUUAAGCACCUGCAGAAAUUUCCAAAUGAAGGCCUCACAACUGUGUUGAAGAAUGUUUUUGAUUUUGACGCUUACAAUGAAGAACUGAGGGGGACCAUAAUAGAUAUUAUGGGAAAACAUGGUAUACCCCUCGAGGCCAGUGACAGCCAAGUGAAACUAACCAAGGAGCUUCCUUUACCGGAAUUUGAACGUCUUGGACAAUGGAGAGUUGCUUCUUCAGGCAUUCGGCAGCAGAACGUCUUCAGCUGCCCUGUAACCACCAAGCCUCUUGAUAUAAAGGGACCGCUGCCACUGCCACAAGAAGUUAUAUCUAUAGACCGGACUGAGAGUCGUUCCAAUACUUUUACUGAGAGAGAAGCCCAAUGUUUGCUUCCCCUUGAUGAAGGUAACAUUGUCGCUGAUUUGGCUGUUACCAAAGCUGAGCAUCGUAGUGCUGGCCAAUCUAUCAAAGAUAUGAUCCAUGUCGCCACAUGUAACCCAAUCUCAGUGAUUAGCAUUGAUGCCAAGUCUGUACACGGGAAACUGACUGAACUGUAUGAACUCUUCCCACCAGUCAGCAUGGCAUAUCGGCCAAAAGUGAAACUGACAGCCCUCACUGCACCUCUUGAUGAUACACUAAUACUACAUGAGGAAUGCACAAAUGCACUGAUGAGCCUUAACUAUGAAACAGGGGAAGUGGCACGGCUAAAGUCUGAAUAUUUACCAGAGAUUGCAAUAGAGAAGAGGAAAUUCCUGCAGUAUGGUGUUAAACCAAAAAAGAAUAAUCCAUUUGUCAUGCUUGGUUCCACUCUACCAGAUUCCAACAUUAUCACCUUUUACAAAGAAAACAGGAAAUAUCUGCUAACAUCAAAAGAAGCUGACCAAUUCCGUUUACAAUUCAUUGAAGAACAUGACGGUGAGAUUGACAGUGAAAUAACAGCUGCCACAUCACGGCCAUGUGACGAACUCACUGUGAAGAAGAUACUAGGAGAUGACACUACUGCAGGUCCUAACCGUCUCCUCACUACACCUGAUACCUAUGCACUUCUUACCCUUGGCUUCCCACCAAAUAGUGAGACUACAACAAAUGAGGUUUAUCAGAUUCCUCGAGGGGAGCAGACUUAUGUUAGUAAUGACGAAUUUCUCAGUUAUUUACACAAACCCCAUCAACCUGUGCCUCCACAGUCAUGUGUACCUGUGUUACUACCAGAAUCUGGUCAAGUUGUCCGUGCUAUUGAGUCUGAGUAUGUGCCUAAGUCAGCUGAAGUCACAAGAAAUGAUUUACUAGAUGCUGCAGGUUUUCUUGAAAUUGCUGAUUUAGUGAACAAGAAAUUAAGAUAUUUGAAUGUCCCAAGCUCAGGACGUUCUCCACCGUACAGUUUCUGGCUGAUGCAGCCCAGUGACACAAGUCUGAAGUUAGCCUCACUCAGUGGUGAAGGACUUGUAACGGUUGACUCCAGUGGCUAUGUACAGCUGUGGGAGACAUCGUUGGUCCAUUUACAGCGCUCCCUCCAGGAAUGGCGUAAUAUGAUUGGUUAUGAAGAUACACGCCCACUCCAGAUUAAUUAUGAGCGUGACAGUGGCAAGUCAGCUGACUUUCCUAAACAUGGGAAAAUAGAUCCUGAGAAUGCCCCACAUGUUGGGGGAAAUACCUGGGCUGGAGGAACUGGGGGUCGUGACACAGCUGGUUUAGGUGGAAUUGGUGGUCCAUAUCGGCUUGACAGUGGACACAAUGUCUACCAGGUUUCCCAAGUUGAAAAAGAUGCUGUCCCAGAAGAGGUUCGAAGAGCUGCUCGAGAAAUGGCUGCGAAAGCAUUCAAAGAAAGAUUAAAGGAGAUUAAUAUGAGUGAAUAUGAUGCUGAAACCUAUGACAGUUUUGCCCAGACUGUCCGACGUCAAGUGCAGUCACUCCGUGUGAUACUCGAUACUCUCCAGGCAAAAGGCAAGGAACGUCAAUGGUUAAAACACCAGCCCCAGGGAGAUCUUGAUGAAACAAAGUUGAUUGAAGGAAUUGCUGGUGAGAAAGCAAUUUAUAAGCGCCGAGGAGAGCAAGAACCUGAGCUUGGAGCACCAAUGGAACUACCGAAGCGACUCCGCCUUGUCGUUGAUGUAUCUGGCAGCAUGUACCGCUUCAAUGGUCACGAUCGUCGGCUCGAAAGAGAAAUGAGUGCAGUGUUGAUGGUAAUGGAAGCGCUUGAAGGCUACGAUACCAAACUGAAGUAUGAAAUCUUUGGUCAUUCUGGAGAGAACUAUGACACCUCCUUUGUGAAAGCCGAUCAACCUCCGAAGAACAACAAAGAGAGACUUGUUGUUUUAAAGACCAUGCAUGCACACUCACAGUUCUGCCUGAGCGGAGACAACACUUUAGAAGCAACGAAGCAUGCUAUCGACUCAGUUGCCAAAGAAGAAGCUGAUGAGCACUUUGUCAUCAUCCUAAGUGAUGCCAACUUUGAACGAUAUGGUAUCAGUGCUAAGAAGUUCUCAGAACUGCUCACCGAAAACAAGGAAGUGAAUGCUUUUGCCAUUUUCAUUGGAUCUCUUGGAGACCAGGCUGUCAGGUUGACAAAGCAGCUUCCAAUGGGCCGAGCUUUUGUGUGCAUGGAUACAGACAAACUACCUCAGAUAUUACAACAGAUAUUCUCGUCAACAAUGUUAUCGUCGGACUGAUGACAAGGAAGCAAUGCAUGUCAUGCCGUUUAGAACUUUCUUAUUUGAUAGCAUUAAAGAUGCACGGGCAUUUUAGAUGCACUCUAAUUUCAACAGCACAUAUUCAGGAGAUAAAGAUUUUAGUGCAUUAACGCUUAUGGGAAGCCCAACUUUGUAUAUAAGACCCAAAGUGAUUUUUUUUAGACAUUUUUUGGUGGGAAAAUAGUAUGUCCUAUAUGCCAUUAAAUACAGUUUUCUAUGAACUGCUAAACUGUGGUGACAAGCAAUCACAUUUUAUAACUCUACUACUAAGUCAACUUUGCAUUUUUUUUCCAGCUUAUACCAUUUUUACAAACUACAUCACUUAUCACAAACCAACGAGGGAGGAUCUCUAUGUGGUCUGGUUACUCGACCUGUUAGAAAUUGUAACUUAAGUCUCCCUCAGAUUGUACCAAGCUGUCUUAACCCUUUAUCAUUCAAACUGGUCAUAUCCAGUUCUACCAGAUGUUCUACCAGUUUUAUGUCCAAACUGGCCAUAUGUGGCCUCUCACACUUACUCUUCAAUGUCAUUCUAAAAAUAUAUAAUCACAUCAUUGAAAACUCAAAGCUUUGAGAUAAUGUACGAUUAAUUCAAAACAAAGCGAAUAAAUAAGUAUCAAAUAAAUAAAUGUUACAUCUGAAUGAUAAAGGGGUUAAUUUGAAAGGACAUAUUGGAUUAAGUCAUUCUGAAUGUUUGCAUAUUGGAAAAAGAUGGUAUUGGUAUGGAUGGAAUGCCUUUGAUUGUUCUCCUUGGUCAAAGAUGACCUGUAGUUAAACAACAAUGGCAACAAAAAUAACCACAUCAUCAUCAUCAUCACUACACGCAAGACAAUGAAAGGAAGCCUUUUUGUGGUCACUUGAUCUGCUAGGAAAAGUAACUAAAUCUCUUUCAAAUCAUCUGAUUGACUUAAAAAAAUAGUGGCUGCUUCUCUAAUAUGGUCUUGGUUUCCUUUCCUUGUAUAGAGGAAAAAGGCAAGAUGGGCAUAUCUGGAUUACCUUUAAUCAUAGGGUUUUUUUUCCAUCAGUGCUAAACUAAGGCUAAACAACAACAACAACAAGUCAAUGACGUAGCCUCUACAGUGUCACUUGGCCAACUAGAAAAGGCUGUGUAAACUUUCUGUAAAUAUUCCUGAUUGAUUUUAAAAAGGGAAGAAUACAUAUGUAUCCAAGAUAAGAAGUCGUAAGUACAUUCAUACUUUUAAAUGAAAAGAAAAAAAGAAGGGAUGGUCAUGGCUGGGAUGUCUUCUAUUAAAUGCCUUCUCAAUCAGAAUUAAUGUAGGACUAAACAACUGCAGUAGGGACUUUCCUACACACAAACCAAUGAGAGGGCUUCUACGUGGUCACUCAAAAUGUGGGGGAAAGCAGUCAAUUAUCUCCUAAGUCAUAUCUUAAUGUCUUUAAAAAAAUGAGAAGGAAGAAGAUAUUGGCAAAUGUAGUUCUAGAUAUUCCAAUGUCUGAAUAUAAGAUGGUGAGGUCAUGGCUGGAAUGUCUGUUUGAUUAGGAUUAACCUGCAGCUAAACUACAUCACUACCUUGUUUCAUUUGAACCAUUUGGAUUAUGCCUGAAUAAACAAUGAGACAUAUGAUGUCAUUGAUCAUAUGUUUGUCAACCCAGUUAAGGCUGACCUGUGGCUAAAUACAUAUUUGGAACAAAUAAUACUGGCAGUGCUCAGUUAAUGCUGUUAUUAUUUGUAGUAGUAAGGGUUGGGGAAUAGCAGAAGGGCUACAUUAGUAGGGCCAAGACUUGAAGAAAUGAGUCACUCAAGAGUCCAAAUCUUGCUACAUUCAAAUUUUUCUUACCUCUUCCUCUCUCUCUCUCUCCUUUUUUUUCUCUAUUUGAUAAAUUGUCAGACAUUUUUUUUUAACAUUUCCUUCAUGGUAUUAGUCAAUCUAGAGCUAUAGGAAGAAAUAUUUAAUGUGCCCAUACAGCAGGAAUGACCCUGGAACCAUUUGGUUGCAAAAGAAACUUCUGAACCAGUUCUGUCUGCACCUCUUUUUAUAUAAAAAAAAUUUUUUUAAAUAGUGAAGUACAUAUGUUGUUUGGUCCCAAGUCAACCGUGGCUGAGCAAAUCUGUGAUAAAAAGACAUUGCAACCACGACCAUCCUGUCUUUUUGUAUAUCUAAGAGUAAAGUGCAUUCUUCAUUUUAUAAUGGCUAGUGUGUGCUUUAACCCUUUAGCAUUUAAACCAGCCAUAUACAUCCAAAAUAUUUUACCUGCUUUAUGUUCAAAUCAGCUAGAUUCUGGUCUCGCACACCUAUGCUUUAAAUAAGCAAUCACAUCAUCAAAAUCGCAGAGCAAUGAGGCAAUGCAAGACUAAUUCAUAUCAAUAUGAAUAAGUAUUACAUUUGACAGAGAAAUCUGAAUGCUAAAGGGUUAAGGGAAAUUUGAUUGCUAUUUCUAGCAAAUCAAGUAAUUAUAUAAGGCUCCCUUGUUGAUGAUUGUGGUGAUUAUUGUAGUGGUACUGUUGGGAAUUUCUGGAAAUUCUUUGACUGUUGACCAAUUUUGUUUUACCUUUUUUUUAAAAAAAUUGUGAAUACAUUUUGUAAGCUGAAAAUAAAUUUUAAAUUGUUAAGAUUAAACUA